AUGAGCUCCGGUGGAAAAGGAUCUGGAGAUUCAACUCUUCUUUCUGCCAGCGGAGACGGCGAUUCCAUCAAAGUCUUUGUCCGAGUGCGACCGCUGACCCACGGCACUGGGCUGACCACAGACGGGGAUCAGAACCUGUGUCUGAACGUCAGCUUGCCCAACACCAUCCGUCUGCUCUCAAAACCAGAACCACGGACCUUCACCUAUGACCAUGUUGCAGAUAUGGACACAUCGCAGGAUUCUGUUUUCAACAGCGUGGCCAAAAAUAUUGUUGAGUCUUGCAUGAAUGGAUAUAACGGCACUAUAUUUGCUUAUGGACAGACGGGCUCGGGAAAAACAUUCACCAUGCUCGGUCCGUCUGAGCUGGACAACUUCACAGACGAGCUGAGGGGAGUCAUUCCUCGAAGUUUCGAGUACCUGUUUUUCCUCAUCGGCAGAGAAGCGGAAAGGUCUGGAAAGUCCAAGAGUUUCCUUUGCAAAUGUUCAUUUAUUGAGAUCUACAACGAGCAGAUUUACGACCUGCUGGAUUCAGCCUCUGCCAGCCUUUUCCUCCGGGAGAACAUCAAGAAAGGCGUGUUUGUCGAAGGCGCCGUGGAGAAGUUUGUGAACUCCGCAGCCGAAGCCUAUCAGGUGCUCUCUAUGGGCUGGCGCAAUCGGCGUGUGGCCUCCACCUCCAUGAACCGCGAGUCCUCCAGAUCACACGCGGUCUUCACCAUGACCCUCGAGUCCAAGGAGUGCCGCAACGAGGUGGUCAACAUCCGACGCUCUCAGCUGAACCUGGUGGAUCUGGCUGGAUCUGAGAGGCAGAAAGACACCCACGCUGAGGGCUCCAGGCUCAAGGAGGCCAGCAGCAUCAACCGGUCCCUCAUGUGCCUGGGUCAGGUGAUCAUGGCCCUGGUGGACGUGUCCAACGGGAAGAGCCGGCACAUCUGCUACAGGGAGUCUAAACUCACCUUCUUGCUCAAGGAUUCUCUUGGAGGAAAUGCAAAGACCUACAUUAUUGCUAAUGUUCACCCUGGUUCAAAGUGUUUUGGAGAAACGUUGUCCACGUUGCAGUUUGCCCAGAGAGCAAAGCUGAUCAAGAACAAGGCUGUUAUCAACGAGGACACGCAGGGAAACGUGAAGCAGCUACAGGCCGAGGUGAAGAAGCUGAAGGAGCAGCUUUCUCAGGCUCUGAGCUCCUCGGGAGGAGACUCUGCACCAGGAGGACCUCUGCCUCUCAUGGGCCCAUCCGCUGAAAACCAACAGGAUGUUCUGUAUAAAGGGAAGUACAUGGCUGCUGUUCGUCUGUGGAAGAAGCUCAACGAGGAGAAGAAGAUCCUGCUGAAGAAGGUGGCUCAUCUGGAGGAGGCCUGGACCCAAAAGGACAAGUUCAUCCACUCCAGCAGGAUGAUCAUCAGGUUUAGAGAGGACCACAUCUCCCGUCUGGAGAAGAAGCUGAAGGCGGGGCAAAGUUCGCUGUCGGACGCAGAGUCUCAGGCUUUCAUUGACCAGCUGAAAGUAGAGAUCAAGCUCUUAACCGAUCAGGUUGAUCAUCAUCCAAAGAUGACUCGCUAUGCAGCAGAGAACUACAACCUCAGAGAAGAGAACCGUCUGCUGCGUUCUCUUGAAUCUGUGAUUAACGCUGAAGACGUCUCCGCCCAAGUUGCAGCUGAGCUGGAGGAGGCCUUCCAGAGGGCGCUGGAAUCAGAAAAACUCACAGAAGUUUCCACGGCCUCUUCAGGUUCCUCUGCGACAGAUUCCGCGUCUGCAGCCGCAGUUGAAAAGCUGAGCGCCAAACUGCUGCAGAAACAGUCGGACCUCACGGCUGCCCUGCAGGCUUUUGAAGAGUACAAAGACAUCUCAAAGAAACAGCUGUCCCAGCUGCAGUCUGAAAAAAGAUACCUGGAGAAGGCCAACAAGCACUUGGAAAACAUCCUGGAAGCUACUCAAGCUUCCAAAAACCAAGAAGUCUCUGAGCUGAACAGGAUUCACGUAGAAACUAUAAAGAGUCUGACCACGCCCACUAAAGCUUAUAAUCUGCGGUCCCGGCUGGUGCCGCUCUCCAGUCCGGAGCAUCUGAACGGGACCGACGACGACGGCGACAUCUGGUCCGAGCAGCCUCCGUCCGACAUGGCCGAGAUGGCGCUGACAGAGGAGCUGCGGCACGUUCAGGAUCAGGUGAGUCGUGUCCAAACGCAGCUGAAUGAGGAGGAGAGGAACAACAGCAAACUGCUGCAGCAAAUCGCGAAGCUCGAGGAGCAGAUCGCUGUGAUUUCUCAGGAGCGCGACCAGAAGGACGAGCAACUUCUUGCAGAACGAGCCAACAGGAGCAAAGAUCAGCUGACCUCUGAGGAAACGGUGCACAGCCUGCAGCAGAGCCUUCAGACCGAACAGCAAGCCGCAGAGCUUCUGAGGAGCGAGAUCCAAGAUCUACGGUUGGUCCUGGAUUCGUCCGACAAGGAGCUGGCCUCGGCGAGGGAGGAGCUGAGAGACGCUCGCGGCGAGCAUCAGGAGGAGAUAAGCCGGCUCUCCAGCAACCUGAUCAGCACACAGCUCCAGCUCGACAAAGUCCAACUGGAGUGGGAGCAGCUUCUGGAGCAGCACCGAACGCUGCAGGAUUCCUUCGACCAGCUGCAGGCGGAGGCCAGGUUUGAGGCGGACCAGGCGCGCCGGGAGCUGCGUGACAGGCAGAAGGAGGUCGACCAGCUGAAAGAAGAGGUCUCGAAUUUGAAUAAUUCGCUGCAAGCUGAGCAAGAGCGCACAAACAGUCUGUUGUCGCAGCUGAGAGAAGACAAAGAAAGCACGUCAAAGGAGCUGGUCGAAACUGUGGAGCAGAACGCGCAGCUCAGAAAACAAGCCUCAGAUUUAACUCUCCAAAAUCAACAGCUGUCAUCUGAACUCGCUGAUCUGGAGCUGAACCUAACCUCUGCUAGCGGAAAGAUCACCAGCCUGGAGCAGGAGAUCAAACACGACAAGGAUGUCCUGCUGGACCUCAUGAACCAAACCCGAGAUCUUCGCGCUGAGCUGGGCCAGAAAGAGGAGACCAUCGUCCAUCUGUCUGAAGACUUUAAAGACAUAAAUGCCAAAUAUAAUGCUGCCUGCUGCGAAAGGGACAACAUAAGGGGGCAGAACCAGAAGAUGCAGGCGGAAAUCAGCGAAUUAAAAGAAAAUCUGGAGCGAAAAAUGGCGUCUAACAAGAUAGAGGUCGAGGUGAUGCAGGAGGAGAUCGUUUAUGCCACCGAGGAAGUCGAGAGGCUCACAAAGGUCUGCGACGAGCAGCAGAGCCUCCUCCAAGCGGCGCAGGAGCAAGCGGCGCAAAAGGAGCUCACCAUAAAGAGCCUGGAGCAGAAGGUGCAACAGCAGCAAGAGGCCGUAGAGAAAGCUAUCAGAAAUGGAGAAUUUAAGCCGACUGAGCCGAUUGUCACGCCUAAAUCAGUAAAUCGGACGCCUUGUGGUUUGGGCAGCUUUAACAGAGAUCUGACCGACAUGUUGGAGAGCCAGGGGAGAGAGCUGGAGAACCGGCGCUCCUCCAUGAUGACCAUGGAACUCCUUGUAGCCGAGUUGAAAUCUGAGAGAAGCGCCAAAAACGAGGAGAUCCAGAGGCUCAAGGAGGAGCUGAAAGACAAAGAGAUGGUUCGACUGGAGAUCCAGAGUUUGCUCGAUAAGUUUUACACCAAGGAGAGCCAGCUCACUCUGUCUGGAAGUAAUAACAGCGCUGAGUUUGGUGAAGCCCUUAGGCAGACUGUGCUGAAGGAGCUGCAGGAGGAGCGAGCAGAGAAGAACCAAAUACUGCAGAGGCUGUCUGCUGCUCAACGAAAAUUACAGGAGCAGGAAUCCUCUUUUGCUCAGUCUCAGACUUGCAUCCAAGAGCUAACCAACGAGCUGAGGAACCGCUGUUUGGAGCUGAGAGAGCUGAACCAGAGGGUGCACGAUGAGGAGAAACUGCUGCAGGAGAAUGAAGUGCUGCGUAAGCAGAACGAGAAACUCUCCGAGGAGAACGGAAAGCUUGUCGGACACAAGAACCACAAACAGAGGAUUGAAUAUCUGGUCAAACUGAAAAAGGACAAUACUAGACUACAGGAGGAAAAUGAGAAGCUCCGAACGGAGAUGAGCCUGAUGCGAGACGGUACCGGGAUCCCGCCGCUGGACAUGAUGUGAAGUCUCGUCUCAGACCAAAAGUUCCAGAUCAACACACGUUUAUAGAAAAUUAUUAUUUUUUUAAUCCAACAUUUGACUCUCAGUAAUAAAAAACUGUCUCCCAGUUUCGUGGAGGGACACCAGCUGUCAUUAA